AUGGCGCACAGUUCACACCAGUGGCCUCCUCUACUCUGGCUGUGUAUGGGAUUGUUUCUGGGCCCCGUAUAUGGCAAAGAAUGUCCACAUUUGUGUGUUUGCGAGAUCCGCCCUUGGUUCACCCCCCAGUCGACCUACAAGGAGGCAACCACAGUGGAUUGCAAUGACUUGAGGCUCAUGCACAUCCCGACCAACCUAUCCACGGACACUCAGGUGUUACUGCUCCAAAGUAACGCCAUCUCUCACACCAGUGGAGAGCUGGAGGCGCUGUUCAACUUGACAGAGUUGGACCUAUCCCAGAACAACUUCAGCACUGUGGAAGCUGUGGGCCUCACAAGCAUGAACCACUUGACCACCCUGCAUCUAGAGGAGAACCAGAUUAGCCAACUGCCAGACCACUGCCUCGGAAACCUCUCCAAUCUCCAGGAGCUCUACAUCAACCACAACCAGAUAAGCACGAUCUCCCCUCGGGCAUUUGCCGGCAUGCACAGCCUGCUGCGCCUUCAUCUGAACUCCAACAGGCUCCAUGUCAUAGACAGCCGCUGGUUUGAAGAAACACCUAACCUUGAGAUCCUCAUGAUCGGGGAGAACCCAGUUAUUGGCCUCUUAGACAUGAACUUUAAGCCUCUCGGAAGUCUGAGGAGUCUGGUCCUGGCUGGCAUGGACCUCACUGAUGUUCCAGCAAAUGCUUUUGUAGGUUUGGAUAGCCUUGAAAGCAUUUCUUUCUAUGACAACAAACUGGUCCGAAUUCCUCAACUGGCCCUUCAAAAAGUUCACAAUUUGAAAUUCUUGGAUUUGAACAAGAAUCCAGUUCACAAAAUCCAGGAAGGAGAUUUCAGGAACAUGUUACGUCUGAAGGAGCUGGGCAUCAACAAUAUGAUGGAGUUAGUGUCAAUUGAUCGCUACGCUCUGGACAACCUCCCAGAGCUGACAAAGCUGGAGGCCACCAACAACCCUAAGCUUUCUUAUGUGCAUAGGUUGGCCUUUCGGGACAUGUCCUCUUUGGAGAGCCUGAUGCUCAACAAUAAUGCCCUCACUGCGCUUUAUCAGCACACUGUGGAGGCAUUGACUAAUCUGCGGGAAAUCAGUCUGCAUAGCAACCCAUUGCGCUGUGACUGUGUCAUUCAGUGGAUGAGCUCUAACAGGACCACUGUGCGCUUCAUGGAGCCCCUGGCUAUGCUUUGCUCCUCCCCACCAGAACUCAAAGGCCAGCGGGUUAGAGAGGUAAGGCUGUUGCAGUCCCCAGAGCAAUGCCUGCCUCUCAUAUCCCACAAUACCUUCCAGAGCCACUUGAACCUCGAGCUGGGCAUGAGUGUCAGUCUCGACUGCAGAGCCAUGGCUGAACCACAGCCUGAGAUCUACUGGGUGACUCCUCUUGGGUCCAAAAUCACAAUAGAUUCUCUGUCAGAGCGGUACCACUUGAACAAUGAGGGGACCCUGAGGCUGUCUCAUGUUCAGGUGGAGGAUUCUGGUCGUUACACCUGUGUGGCCCAGAACACAGAAGGAGCCGACACACGGGUCGCCACCAUCCGUGUAAAUGGCACCCUGCUCGACAGUGCCCAGGUGAUGAACAUCUACGUCAAGCAGACCGAAUCACACUCCAUCCUGGUCUCCUGGAAGAUCAAUUCUAACGCUAUGUCCUCCAACCUGAAGUGGGCCUCAGCCACCAUGAAGAUUGACAACCCGCACAUCACCUACACAGCUCGCGUCCCCGUAGACGUCCAUGAGUAUAACCUCACACACCUUCAACCUGCCACAGAGUAUGAGGUAUGCCUCACUGUCUCCAACGUUCACCUGCAGACACACAAGUCGUGUGUUAAUGUGACAACACGUAGCGCUACCUUCGCACUGGACCUGUCAGACCAGCACCCAAGUGCGGCUGUGUUGGCCGUCAUGGCGACAAUGCUGGCUUUCCUCAGCCUGGCCACCGUGGUCGUCUACAUAGCUCGCAGAUGGAAGAGAAAAAACUACCACCACUCUCUGAAGAAAUACAUGCUGAAGACGUCCUCUAUCCCUCUGAACGAGCUUUACCCGCCGCUCAUCAACCUGUGGGAGGUAGACGCGGAGAAGGACAAAGAAGGCAGUGCACAGGGAAAACCCUCUCCUGUUGACACCACACGCAGUUAUUACAUGUGGUGA